AGGACGUGUAUUCUAACACUAGGUGGCAGUGUUUGGAAGAAAUUAGGUUUCGUUUCAGCUUAUGAACGUUAGCAGUUCCUGCGUGUUUUUAUGUGCGGUUCGUCUGAGACGUGGAUUUUCGUCGGGUCUUUAUUCCGCCUUAAUGGAGGUGUCCUGCACACACUGUAAAGACAAUAAGAGAGGCAUCAUGAGCUCCUUUUUUUACAUUUGCAUUGUGUGGAUCGCCAUCUGUAUCGGUGUCCUCGAUGCAGAAGUUUUGGUUAGUGUAUCUGGUCUCGAGAAGUCUACAGUUAUCCUGCCGUGUAAACUGAGAGUUGCGAGUGAAACACCGUAUAUACGGUGGAGCACCGAUAAGGACGUGUUUGAGCGGAGUGGUAAGGAGUCAUUUCAGGGUCAAGGAUAUGAGGGUCGCGUGGACGUUCCUGAGGACCAGCUGCUUAAAGGGGACUGUUCCUUGAAGUUAAAAAAUCUGACGCUUGCAGAUAUGGGUGUGUACAAGAGCUACCAGGCAGUGAGACGCUUUAAAAGAUCUGCUAUUGUGCAAGAGAAAUGGGAGCUGCUCAACAGCGUUGAGCUCUCAGUAAACGAAAAGAAAACAGCUGAAAAGACGUUCCCUGAAAUAUUGGUUCCCACAGAUGAUGCAGGAAUGAACUGGCCUCACUCACUGGUCCUGGUCCUGUCUCUCCUGUUUUGUUUUCUCUUCCACUAGUCUGAAGAAACAUGAGUGUGAGCUAGAUUUGUGCACACGAUUGUGUGUGGUAUUCAAAAGCCCACUAAAAAGCAAAUAUAUGCUGAAGGGUAUUCACAAUAUCACUAUAAUUUCUCGAGGGGUCCAGAGGAACUGUGGAAAUUCAUUAAAAGCAGUAGCUCUGAUGUGAUCUAGAAAACUGCAUGGCUGUCACCAUCUGGUCAAAAAGUGAAUAGAGUUGUCUCGACCUUUUAAAGUAAAGCUCCUAUGGGGUGUAAAAUCUAGUGACUGUGCCCCAAAAGUGCAACACUGGUGCUGACCAAUCAAGGCACGUGUUUGAUUCCUUUUAGUGCACUUUUUUUUUAUAUAUAUAUAUAUAAAAAAAAAAUUUAUUUGUUAAAAAUUGACAUUCGUUGUGUGCUGAAGAGUCGUGUCUGGUUCACGCAACAACAGGGAGUACCCUCAGUACCCUUUUAUAAUAAGACUAACUGUGCUCUGAGUGGGGUAAAUCACCCAGAACCUCCUUCUGGAAGCAGCACCAGGGGUCAUUUUGGAGUCGGAUGGAACACCAAAUUAUAAACCAUGAAUCAUUAGUAUACUGAUACUGUAUUAUAUUAGUAUAUUAGUAUGCUGAUGUCUCUGUAUAAAUUGUUGUAACAAACAGAUUUGGUGUUUUUAUAGACUACAUUGGGGGGCACGGUGGCUUAGUGGUUAGCACGUUCGCCUCACACCGCCAGGGUCGGGGUUCGAUUCCCGCCUCCGCCUUGUGUGUGCGGAGUUUCAAUGUUCUCCCCGUGCCUUGGGGGUUUCCUCCGGGUACUCCAGUUUCCUCCCCCGGUCCAAAGACAUGCAUGGUAGGUUGAUUGGCAUCUCUGGAAAAUUGUAGUGUGUGAUUGCAUGAGAGUGUGUGUGUGUGCCCUGUGCUGGGUUGGCAAUCCGUCCCGGGUUAUAUCCUGCCUUGAUGCCUGAUGACGCCUGAGAUAGGCACAGGCUGUGAGUGAGUGAGUAGACUACAUUUUUGUGUAGUUAUGAUUUGUAUAGCACUUCUGGCUUACAUUAUAUGAUACCAAAAUCAUACAAAGCGUAAACUCUUCUAUAAUGAAGAUGUCAGGAACCUUAAAUUUAUACGUGAAAAUGUAGUUAAAAUGAAAAUGUUGAAAAAGUGAACAGCCUUAUUGCAGACCUUCAUGCACAUAUAGUAUAACACACAAUAUCUAAAUUCUUAAAAAAAGAAUAGAUAUGAUAUUUAGUCCUGGCUAAAGUUUAAAAUCAUUUCAUGUUUUUGACAUUUUCACCUGGUUCUGCUGGAUCCCAGUCCUGUUUGUACAAAUGCUAAACAGCUUUCUGCAUUUUACCAGUGGCUCUAACACAAUCUGUGUAGUACACCAAGAGGAUGGACAUA